AUGGCGAGCUCUAGCACGGCCAAAGAUUGGCUGACAUGGGCCUUCUCACCGGCCAUCUCGGCUAUCUUCGCAACGUUGCUCAUUAGUCUGACCUUACCACUACUUAUUCACUUCUACCUUUACCGGAAAGCUGUCGCAAAAGAAUUGCCAACGUUCCUAUUGAUUGGUCCUAGCGGUGCUGGAAAGACCACUCUCCUAACACUAUUUGCAAACGGAUCUCCCUCUCCGACACACACCAGCCAAGAGCCGCAGUCUGCAGUCUGUCAACUUCCAUCAUCCGCCCGCUCGUCAGAAGACCGGUACAGAUCCGAGAAUGACACGUCAGCUCAAGCUCAGCCCAAGUUGGCCUUGCUGGACACACCGGGUCACGGCAAGCUGCGACAUCAUGCAACAUCAUCUCUGACCACCGGAAGCUCCCUCAAAGGCCUGAUCUUUGUGGUGGAUAGCGCUGCGGUAAGCUCAGCAGCCGGACUAACAGAGGCUGCGGAGUACCUACACGACGUACUAUUGCUGUUGCAGAAGCGGCAUACACAGAGCAAGACGUCGAAGGACCCACAAGCGAUACCGGUGCUCGUGGCUGCGAACAAGCAAGAUGUCUUCACUUCACUGCCGGCUGGCUUGGUAAGGACCAAGCUUGAAGAGGAGAUUGCCAAAGUUCGUCGGACUAGAAGCAAAGGUCUGCUGGACAGUGGCAUCGGUAUGGACGAGGGUGCUGGUGGCGAUGAAGAGACCAAUUGGCUCGGAGAAUACGGUACCACGGACUUCAAGUUCUCGCAGAUGGGAGAGCAUGGGGUCGAGGUCAGUGUUCGUGGCGGCAAUGCUAAAGGAGAUGGCGGAGAAAGUGGCAAGGUAAACCAGUGGUGGGAAUGGGUUGGCGGGAACAUAUGA